AUGGGACAAGCUCUGUGUAUCAAGAGUUGUGAUUUCCAGGCAGCAAAAAACAAUGAGGAACACCAUACCAAGGCCAUCAGUUCCAGGCACCUCAUUGUGCGGAGAGGACAGCCCUUCACUAUCAGUCUGCACUUCUGUGCCCCAGUCCACACAUUUCUUCCUACCCUGAAGAAGGUGACCCUCAUUGCACAAACUGGACAGCAGCCUUCCAAUACCAACAAGACCCGAGUCACUUUCCCCAUUUCCUCUAUGGGAGACCAAAAAUGGUGGAGUGCAGCAGUGAAAGAGAGAGAUGCCCAGUUCUGGACCAUCUCUGUGACCACACCUGCAGACGCUGUCAUUGGCCCCUACUCACUCCUGCUGCAGGUCUUGGGUGAGAAGGAACACCUCUUGGGCCAGUUCACAAUGCUCUUCAACCCCUGGAGUAGAGAGGAUGAUGUAUUUUUGCCAAAUGAGGCUCAACGCAGGGAGUAUUUGUUGAACCAGAACGGCCUUAUCUACCUGGGCACAGCUGACUGCAUCCAGGAAGAGCCCUGGGACUUCGGCCAGUUCGAGAGGGAUGUCAUGGACAUCAGCCUUGUCUUGCUAGGCAUGGACAAGCACGUGGAGAAGUGGAGCCAGCCUGUGCAUGUGGCCCAUGUGUUGGGCACCUUGCUGCAAACUCUCAAGCAGAGGAGUGUUUUGCCCAUUCCGAAGACCCAGACUGCACAGGAAGGGGCCUUGCUGAACAAGCGCCGAGGAAGUGCACCCAUCCUGCGGCAGUGGCUCACUGGCCAAGGGCGACCUGUAUAUGAGGGUCAGGCCUGGGUGCUGGCCACUGUUGCUUGCACAGUGCUGCGAUGCCUGGGAAUCCCAGCCCGUGUCCUUACCACAUUUGCAUCAGCCCAGGGCACUCACGGGGACCUGUUGGUGGAUGAGUAUUACAAUGAGGAGGGGCUCCAGAAUGGAGAAGGCCAGAGAGGCCGCAUCUGGAUCUUCCAGACUUCCACAGAGUGCUGGAUGACCAGGCCUGAUUUGCCCCAGGGUUAUGAUGGAUGGCAGAUUCUUAAUCCACAUGUUCCUAAUGAAGGUGAAGUCCUAGGAUCCUAUGAUCUUGUCCCAGUCAAAGCAGUCAAGGAUGGGAUACUGGAGCUGACCCCUGCAGUGUCAGACCUUUUUGCUGCAGUAAAUGCCUCAUGUGUGGUCUGGAAGUGCUGUGAGGAUGGAAAACUAGAAUUGACCAACUCCAAUACAAAGUAUGUUGGCAACAACAUCAGCACUAAGGUUGUGGACAGUGAUCGCUGUGAGGACAUCACUCAGAACUACAAGUAUCCUGCAGGAUCUCUUCAAGAAAAAGAGGUACUGGAGAGAGUACAGGAAAAGAGAAUGAAACAGCAGAAACGCAAUGGCAUCACACCCUCCAGCUAUGAGUGGGCUGAUCCUCUUUACCUGUUCUUGGAAGCACCCAGCUCCUUUCCCUUGAGAGGGGAUGCCCAACUCUCAGUGACCCUGUUUAACCCAAGUGACCAGGAGAAGGCGGUGCAACUGGUAAUUGGGGCCCAGGCCCUGUAUUACAACGGAGUGCUUGCUGCUGAGCUCUGGAAGGAGAAGAGGUCUCUUACACUCAGCGCCAAACUGGUUAAGAGAAUAACCACCAGCCUGUCCUUCUCCCAUUUUGAACGAAACCCACCUGAGAAUAGCUUCCUCAGACUCACUGUAGUGGCAACACAUUCUGAAUCUGGUCUUAGCUGCUUUGCUCAGGAAGACGUCACCAUUUGUAGACCACACCUUGCUAUCCAGAUGCCAGAGAGAGCCAAGCAAUAUCAACCUCUUACAGCCUCAGUUAGCAUCCAUAACUCCCUAGACUCCCCCAUGAUGGACUGCGUGAUCUCCAUCUUUGGAAAGGGGCUCAUUUACAGAGAGAGGAAAUACAGAUUAGGUUCUGUGCGGCCUGGAAAUACCUUGUGCACCCAGUUCCAGUUCACACCAACACAGCUGGGGCUCCAGAGGCUCAUUGUGGAAAUGGAUUGCAACAUGUUCCAGAACCUAACAAGCUACAGAAGUGUCACUGUGGUAGCCCCAGAACUUUCAGCCUAA